UUGGCAUGGGAGUACUUAUAUAGCCUCAGUUGGUGUCUGUGCCUGAGCUGUGUUGUGAACAGGUCUAUUUUCAGCUUUUCCAGGCAGCGCUGGAGCUGUUAAUUGUGCUUACUUGGGCUUUUCUUUUGUCAGGCUGUCCAAACUAAAGGAGGGCAGUGACUAGAAAACUUUCUGCAGCAACUUGCAUGAGAUUCUACCUUGGACCAUGUUUCUCUGACAACACAGUUGUCCCAAGAAUCCCUGAGACGCCACCAAGGAAACAGAUCUCCUCUAAUGGUGCUGAAGACACACCUGCAACAAAGGACCAGAAUUGAGUUACAGUGCUUGGCUGCUCAUUGGAACAUGGCUCUUCAGUAUGUGGAAUCCAGCCAUCCUUGCUCAUCUCUUCAGAGGAACCUUCUCACCACUCCUGGACACAGAGCCUGCAUAGGGUGAUGCUCUGCACGCUUCUCCCUCCGCGCCCCGUAUCUCCUACCCUGGCAGUACCGGAGGAGAGGCUGAAGAAGUUGGGCAUGUCUGAAGCGGCUCAGCCUUGCAGGGAGAGAGGGGGGCAGUAGCUGCUCAGAGCAGCCCGGUGCUUGGAGCAGGAUUUGCCGGAAGGGGACGCUUUGAGGAUAAUCAUGCUUCACAGAAGAACGGCACCGACCUCCAGUUGCUUUCAACACAACCUCCUCUACUAGGGCUCCAGGAGAGAGAAAAAGAGAGAGAAUAAUCGUAAGAAUAAUCACUAAAAGGCGAAAGGAAUGCUUACUCUGGAACCUGCAUUUGACGACCCUCCCAGUUCGCGCUGAAUCUCCUCUGAAGUGAUGCUCUCCAGCUUUUGAAUUUGCACCGCUUCGAGACGCAAGAUUGCCACCAAGAAUCCUCUGUUUUUUUUACAGCCAAAUAGGAUUUUUUUAACUAAUUCCCCAACUUUUGCCCCCCGACCCUUAUUCUUCUUAUGUGGAUAUGCAAGCAAGAAGAGGAGCCUGGACAUUCCCAACAUGCUCUCUCCCUUGAUCCGUCCGUCUAGAGGUUCUGCUUCUACAAACCAAGGGAGUGUAAGAGCUGAAGAUGAGGCCCAGGGUGGAGUGCUACUCUCCAAGGUUUUGGCUGGUGCUGGCAGUCCUCGCAACAACAGGAAGCGGGACCCAUGCGCAAAAAAGCCACCCAAGCAUUGGCAUUGCAGUCAUCCUGGUGGGGACCUCAGACGAAGUGGCCAUCAAAGAUGCCCACGAGAAAGAUGAUUUCCACCACCUCUCAGUGGUGCCCCGGGUGGAGCUGGUGGCCAUGAAUGAGACAGAUCCCAAGAGCAUAAUCACCCGCAUCUGUGACCUCAUGUCAGACCGGAAGAUUCAAGGGGUGGUAUUUGCUGAUGACACAGACCAGGAAGCCAUUGCUCAGAUCCUGGACUUCAUCUCUGCCCAAACCCUCACUCCCAUCCUAGGCAUCCAUGGAGGCUCCUCUAUGAUCAUGGCAGAUAAGGAUGAGUCAUCCAUGUUCUUCCAGUUUGGCCCAUCAAUAGAACAGCAAGCUUCAGUCAUGCUCAACAUCAUGGAAGAAUAUGACUGGUACAUCUUCUCCAUUGUCACUACCUACUUCCCUGGUUACCAGGACUUUGUGAACAAGAUCCGCAGUACCAUUGAGCACAGCUUUGUGGGUUGGGAACUAGAGGAGGUCCUCCUGUUGGACAUGUCCCUGGAUGAUGGAGACUCAAAGAUCCAGAACCAGCUCAAAAAGCUCCAAAGCCCUGUUAUCCUCCUCUACUGCACCAAGGAAGAGGCUACCUACAUUUUUGAGGUGGCCAACUCUGUGGGUCUGACAGGCUAUGGUUACACGUGGAUCGUGCCCAGCCUGGUGGCAGGGGAUACAGACACAGUGCCAUCCGAGUUCCCCACCGGGCUCAUCUCUGUCUCAUAUGAUGAAUGGGACUACGGUCUUCCUGCUAGAGUGAGGGAUGGAAUAGCCAUAAUCACCACGGCUGCUUCUGAUAUGCUGUCUGAACACAGCUUCAUCCCUGAGCCCAAGAGCAGCUGUUACAACACCCAGGAGAAAAGGAUUUACCAGUCCAACAUGCUCAACAGGUACCUGAUUAACGUCACCUUCGAAGGCAGGAAUUUGUCUUUCAGUGAGGAUGGAUAUCAGAUGCAUCCCAAGCUGGUGAUCAUCCUUCUGACCAAGGAGAGGAAGUGGGAGAGGGUGGGGAAAUGGAAAGAAAAAAAGUUGCAGAUGAAGUACUAUGUGUGGCCUCGCUUUGAGCUUUAUCCUGACUCGGAGGAGCGUGAGGAUGAUCACCUGAGUAUAGUGACCCUGGAAGAGGCACCAUUUGUCAUUGUGGAGAAUGUGGACCCCCUAAGUGGCACCUGCAUGAGGAAUACAGUCCCUUGCCAAAAACGCAUCGUGACUGAGAACAAAACUGAUGAAGAGCCAGAUUAUAUGAAGAAGUGUUGCAAGGGAUUCUGCAUUGACAUCCUCAAGAAAAUCUCAAAGUCUGUCAAGUUCACCUAUGACCUCUACUUGGUGACUAAUGGCAAGCAUGGGAAAAAGAUCAAUGGGACGUGGAAUGGAAUGAUUGGAGAGGUCGUCACCAAAAGGGCCUAUAUGGCUGUGGGAUCCCUCACAAUUAAUGAGGAACGUUCAGAAGUGGUGGAUUUCUCUGUGCCCUUCAUUGAGACGGGAAUCAGCGUCAUGGUGUCACGUAGCAAUGGAACUGUCUCACCUUCUGCCUUCUUAGAGCCAUUCAGUGCUGACGUAUGGGUGAUGAUGUUUGUGAUGCUGCUUAUCAUCUCUGCAGUGGCCGUCUUCGUCUUUGAGUACUUCAGCCCUGUGGGCUAUAAUCGGUGCCUUGCUGAUGGCAGAGAGCCAGGAGGUCCCUCUUUCACCAUUGGCAAAGCUAUCUGGUUGCUGUGGGGGCUGGUGUUCAACAACUCUGUGCCAGUGCAGAAUCCCAAAGGUACCACUAGCAAGAUCAUGGUGUCAGUGUGGGCCUUCUUUGCUGUCAUCUUCCUGGCCAGCUACACUGCCAAUCUGGCUGCCUUCAUGAUCCAAGAGGAAUACGUGGACCAGGUGUCCGGCUUGAGCGACAAAAAGUUCCAGAAACCCAAUGACUUCUCACCCCCUUUCCGCUUUGGGACAGUUCCCAAUGGCAGCACAGAAAGGAACAUUCGCAACAACUACCCUGAAAUGCACAGCUACAUGGUGAAGUUCAAUCAGAGGGGAGUGGAUGAUGCGCUGUUCUCAUUGAAGACUGGGAAGUUGGAUGCUUUCAUUUAUGAUGCAGCAGUGCUGAAUUACAUGGCUGGCAGAGAUGAAGGCUGCAAGCUGGUGACAAUUGGGAGUGGGAAAGUGUUUGCCUCCACUGGCUAUGGUAUUGCCAUCCAAAAGGACUCAGGCUGGAAGCGCCAGGUUGAUCUUGCUAUUCUGCAGCUUUUUGGAGAUGGGGAGAUGGAAGAGCUGGAAGCACUGUGGCUCACUGGCAUUUGUCACAAUGAGAAGAAUGAGGUUAUGAGCAGCCAGCUGGAUAUAGAUAACAUGGCAGGUGUCUUCUACAUGCUGGGAGCAGCUAUGGCCCUCAGUCUCAUCACCUUCAUCUGUGAACAUCUCUUCUACUGGCAGUUCCGCCACUGCUUCAUGGGUGUCUGCUCUGGCAAGCCUGGUGUGGUCUUCUCCAUCAGCAGGGGUAUCUACAGCUGCAUUCACGGUGUGGCCAUUGAGGAACGCCAGUCAGCAAUGAACUCCCCCACAGCAACUAUGAACAACACCCAUUCCAACAUCCUGCGCCUGCUUCGGACAGCGAAGAACAUGGCCAACCUAUCAGGGGUCAAUGGCUCACCGCAGAGUGCCCUGGACUUCAUCCGCCGCGAAUCAUCAGUUUAUGAUAUCUCUGAGCACCGCCGCAGCUUCACGCACUCAGACUGCAAGUCCUACAACAACCCCCCCUGUGAGGAGAAUCUAUUCAGUGACUAUAUUAGUGAGGUGGAGAGGACCUUUGGCAACCUCCAGUUGAAGGACAGCAAUGUAUAUCAGGACCACUACCACCACCACCACCGUCCCCACAGCAUUGGAAGCACCAGCUCCAUCGAUGGGCUGUAUGACUGUGACAACCCACCCUUCAAUGCCCAGUCGCGGUCCAUCGGGAAGAAGCCCUUGGACCUGGGGUUGCCCCCUGCCAAGCACAGCCAGCUGGGUGACCUCUAUGGCAAGUUCUCCUUCAAGAGUGACCGCUAUGGGGGCAGUGGGGCCCAUGAUGACCUGAUCCGUUCAGACGUCUCUGACAUUUCCACUCACACAGUCACCUAUGGUAACAUUGAAGGCAAUGCAGCUAAGCGACGGAAGCAGCAGUACAAGGACAGCCUGAAGAAGCGUCCAGCCUCCGCCAAGUCCCGGCGGGAGUUCGAUGAGAUAGAGUUGGCCUACCGCCGGCGCCCACCUCGUUCGCCCGACCACAAACGCUACUUCAGGGACAAGGAAGGGCUGCGGGACUUCUACCUGGACCAGUUUCGCACCAAGGAAAACUCACCACACUGGGAACAUGUGGACCUGACGGAUAUCUACAAAGAGCGUGGAGAUGAUUUUAAGCGUGACGCAGGAGGAGGAGGAAGUGGAUCCUGCACAAACAGAGCCCACCAUAAGCACGGUUCGGGUGAGUUUGGCGGAAGCAAUGAGCACAAGCAUGGUGUUGUGAGCGGGGUCCCAGCGCCCUGGGAGAAGAAUCUGACCAACCUAGACUGGGAGGACCGGUCUGGGGCUAAUUUCUGCCGCAGCUGCCCUUCUAAGGUGCACAACUACACUCCAUCAGUGGUGGGGCAGAAUUCCACUCGCCAGGCCUGCAUCCGGUGUGAGGCCUGCAAGAAAGCAGGCAACCUGUAUGACAUCAGUGAGGACAACUCUCUCCAAGAGCUGGACCAGCCACCUGCCCCCGUGCCCGUGGCCACCAGUGCCACCUCCUCCUCCAAAUAUCCUCAGAGCCCUUCCAAUUCUGCCUCGAAGGUGCAGAAGAAGAACCGCAACAAGCUUCGCCGGCAGCACUCCUAUGACACCUUUGUGGACCUGCAAAAGGAUGACUCGGCCCUGGCCCCUCGCAGCGUCAGCCUCAAGGACAAGGGUCGCUUUUUGGAGGGGAGCCCCUACGCCCACAUGUUUGAGAUGCCAGCCAGUGAGACCACCUUUGCCAACAACAAGUCCUCAGUGCCCGCCACCAGCUACCACCACCACAACAACCCCGGCAGCAGCGGGGGAUACAUGCUCAGCAAGUCGCUCUACCCUGACAGGGUCACCCAAAACCCUUUCAUCCCCACUUUUGGGGAUGACCAAUGCUUGCUCCACGGCAGCAAAUCUUAUUUCUUCAGGCAGCCUGUGGUGGCAGGAGGGCCCAAAGCCAGGCCAGACUUCCGAGCCAUCGUCACCACCAACAAGCCGGUGGUCUCAGCCCUUCAUGGGGCUGUGCCAGCCCGUUUCCAGAAGGACAUCUGUAUAGGGAACCAGUCCAACCCCUGUGUGCCUAACAACAAAAACCCCAGGGCUUUCAAUGGCUCCAGCAACGGGCAUGUUUAUGAGAAACUCUCCAGUAUUGAGUCUGACGUUUGAGUGAGAGGGAAGGAGCAUGGGGAGGGACUGGGGGUGGAUGUGGAGCAUGGGAGGGUGGGGUGGGAUCAAUCCCAUUGGCUACUCUCCCUGGUCGUCCUUAGUUUGUGGGAUACUGGAGUUCUGAGUAGUACAGCACUGGUGACAAGUGCCACCUCUUUGGUUUCCCCUCUUCCUCCUCCUCUUUCCCACCCCUCCCCUUUUAUCUCUUUUUCCAUGUUCUCUCUCCUCCCAUUCUCCUCCAUUCCUGGCCAUUGCACUUUACAGUGAUGUUGGAGUUGGAUAUCCUCACUCAUGAUUUCACGAGGGGGAGAAGAAGGCAGGGAAGGGGUGGAGUGAGGGGGAGCAAUAGUGAUUCUAGCAUUUCAGUCUUGCUGGCUCCCAGCAGAGAAAGCCAUGUGCAUGCACACAUGUGGCAGGAGGAGACAGCAGAAGCAGUGUAAUGGACAUGCAGGAAAAUAUGCUUGUUCAGGCAACUCUUCCUAAAACUGCCUAGAAAAGAGUGGUGUUUGAAGACGUGGAGAAAGUGAAGGAGGAAUAACAUGACUAACUUGAUGAUGCACUUAUAUGUUAGGUAUACUGAGGUUCUUGUUACAUUAUUUUGUGAAGACUAUGGGGGUUUAGGGCUGAAAUAUAUAUAUUUGCGUAUACGCUGAGAAUUUUACGCUAACAUUUUGAAUCGUUUGCUGGGAGAUGUGGGGGGAGGGAGAGAAAGCUUGUUUGCAGGUCUGGUGAGUGGUUUCACUGUGGCUAUUACAGCCACUGAAUCCAUGACAGACCAGUGGGAGAGUUGGAAAGGAAAUGGGUUCUGAGUCUGGGAGAGCAACCCUUGAAUCAGGAGGGCUUCUGGGAGCUCUGACAGGAUGCUGUUUUGCACUGAAAUGAAAGGAAUGUUGGGAAGGGGAAGCAGGGUUGGUUUUUUAGCUGUGAAUUGCUCACUUAUUGUGGCUUACUUCAGGGGUGGGAGCAGUAUUUAGUAUGGGUUAGCCUAUACGCGAGUAUAUACAAUGAAUUUAUACUUGAAAUGUCUGUGGAGAAAGCAAAAUAAACUCACAAUCUGAUAAGGUGUCUGGAUAACACACAGUGGAACAGAGCUAAAGAGUAGGGAAAGGUGAGGAGUUUUGUCACUGUUUCUGCAGAGGACACUAAAGAGUAGGGAAAGGUGAGGAGUUUUGUCACUGUUUCUGCAGAGGACACCAAGCCUGUUUUGGCAUGUUCUUUAGCAAGGAGAGCAGGACAAGAAGCAUUUUCAUCCUUCUGCCCUCCCCACCCUUGGCCAGCAGGAUGGAAUAAAAGGUAUGGGGCACCCUCUGCCAAUGCUGGCAUGGUGCUGGAGAGAGAAAAAAACACAUGAGAUGGCGCACGUGGUGGCAGUGGUGGUGGUGGACUGUUUUGAUGCCUCCUUGGACAUGUGGAAAUGGGAAGAGGGUGUUUGCACCCAUGGGAAAUAUAUAUGUAUAUUUACUAUUGAAUGUACAAGGGAAGUACACAGCUUGUCUUCCUGGCAAUGGGUGUGCUUGAAUAAAUGCCAGAGAGCACA